AUGGAAGUGAAUAAGACAACCGGUUUCCAGACGUUCAAUGUUACGCUGAACGACUUACAAAUUUUCGUUUUGAUAACGGAGCUAAUUAUUGGAGUUGUAACUGUUGUUGGAAGUCUCGUAGUGCUGGCGCUCUUUUAUCACGAACGCAAGAGCAACAAAAACUCACAUCGUUAUUUCACGGCAAUGGCAAUCGGUGAUGUGGUAUAUGGCUUGACAGCACCUUCGGUAGUGAUUUACUUCUCAUUUGGCAUCACAGUAUCGGAUCCGUAUUGUACAACUAUUGUUGUUCUCAGUUGCAUUCCGAUAUUUUACACCUUAAUUCUUAUGCUCGCCAUGAGUGUCGAUCGGUAUUUCGCAAUAAUGAAGCCGAUUGAGUACAAGAGUAAAAUAACGAAGAAAAUUACGUAUUCCAUCAUUGGUGGAUGUGUAGUUUUUGGCUUUCUCACUUCGGGAUUACUUUUCCUCGGACUCAAGGAGCCCACACAUCCCGAUGCUCUUUGCUUCAUAUUUUCGGAAUACGUUGAGAUGGGAUUUAAUAUUUUCAUUUUGUCUUGCUUAGUGACGCCUUGUCUUUGUAUCUUCGUGUAUUCCUAUGUGAAGAUCUAUAAAGUCAUUUUAGAUGCGAUGGGCACAAAUGCAUCACACACCAGCAAGUUCCUCGAGCUCGGCAAAAUUGUCGUGAGGCGCAACACAAAAAUGAACGUAAACGAAGACAAAAUGCUCUAUGGACGUUUCAAAGUGCGCGAAAUUCGUACGACAAUCAUUUUAUUCAUCACAGUCGUUCUCUUUUUGCUUGUUUGGGUUCCCGGCAUGAUUCUCAGUGCAGUCCUCUAUGUUGUUCCCGAUUAUGCGUCUAUGGAGGGUAUUCUUCUUGUGUUGGCGCUAUCGCAACUAAAUUCUAUGGUGAAUCCUUUCCUCUUUGCACGAAACAUCAAAAAUGCCGACGAAAUUAUCAAGCACUGGUUCAAACGAAUGCUUUGCAUCAAGACAGAGGACUUCGUUAAUAGUACAACGCCAUCCACGUAAAAGCUGUCGUCAGUGAUAAAGUAAAUGUAUAGCUGUGGAAAUAAGUCAAAAAUUUAGAAUUUAAGUAAAGCCAUAAGGGAUAUUGAAGGUGUUUAAAAAAGAACACGAGAGUCAGACACAUGCCAGUUUUUAUGGCAUUAAGGAAUUUGUGAUAUGUUUUAAUACGAGACUUUCAUCCAGUGAGAGAAAUCUAAUUGAAUGUGUUUAAAUUAAGAAACUUUACAGGGUGUUCUUUUAGAUUUUUCAGAAUUUAUUAAUUUUAGUUUCUUACCUUUUUCCGUAAGUUUCAAAUAUUUUUUCACAAAAUCUUUCCUUUCUUAAGAAUCAUUUUAUUUAAUUUCAUUCAUUUUUCAACAAAACUUUAUU